AUGUCACAGUUAUUGCCGCAGGCUUAUUUGACUAAUUUUCAUAAUAGGAUAAGAAAUGAGGAUGUUCCGAUGUUUAUUACAGCUCAACCUUCGCGGAAUCAUAAGAGAGCAAAAGUUGUAAAUUAUUCAGAAUACGAUAAUGAUUUAUUGUUGGACGAUUUUAUAGAGCAGGAUCAGAAUGAGGAGGAGGAUAAGGUUAAUGGGGAUAGUGCCAAGGGAGAGAACGAGGACCAGACCCAUGAGGAUGCGGUUUCCAGUAAUAAUAAUUUACCAGAUUUAGAACAGCAGGAGGAUGCGACGGGUAUACUGAGGUAUCCUAGGAUUCGGGAGACAUUUUUACAAAGCAAAAUUGUAGUUCCAUAUGAACAUGUGCUUGACAAUGGUAGUAAUAAUAUUUCUGAUAUGAAUGUUCUUGCUGAUGAGGAUAUGAAUGGGGGAUAUUCUAGUUUAGCCCAGCCGAUUGUUAUACCUAUUAGGUUGAAUCUGGAACAUAAUGGACAUAAGAUUAUCGAUUUUUUUACAUGGAAUUUAAAUGAUCAUUCUACUUCUCCAGAACAAUUUGCAUUGAUUUAUUGUCAGGAUCUUGAUUUCACACAUAAUAUGUCGUUGCAAAAUCAGAUAGUUGCUACUAUCAAUGAACAAUUACAAGAAUAUGAGACGUUAGCUUCUGUUGUGGUACCUGAUUUACACGUAAUCAUUAACUUGACGUGUAAUCUUGAUUCUAAGUUGUAUGAGGAUAAUUUUGAAUGGAAUCUAAAUGAUGACUCUCUUCUUCCAGAACAAUUUGCUGAGCUGGUUGUUCAAGAUUUAGGUUUGACGAGGGAAUUUAUGCCUGCAAUAUCUCAUGCACUUUAUGAAUCGAUAUUGAAGGUUAAGAAAGAUUGGCUAGAGGGCCAUCUGAACAACGAUCACGUUCCAAAUGGUGCUGCAUUUGGCUACGUAUCGGGUAUCAGGUUGGAUAUAGACAGUCUUGGUGCAAACUGGUGUCCAAAAGUUGAAGUAUUAUCUCAAUGGGAGAUUGAAAAGAGGGAAAUUGAAAAGGAAAGGAACAUGAGAAGGUUAAAGAGAGAAAGUGCGAAAGUAGAAGAUAGAUUAGCUAGAAGAAGAGGCAAGAGGAGGCUCGAUGAUUUGGAAACAACUAUGAGAAUAUAG